CAGACGCAUCUGGCAGGGGGGCGGAUUCAAAGCUGACUACUUUUACACCGGGAGUGGAGGUCGAAUAGUUGAGGGAAAAAAAGAAAACUUCCAGUCGCAGUGAUGCCUGAUGUGCUGCGACUCGGCCACAAUAUUGAAGGAAUGCGCUUUUGUGGCUCGCAGGGGGGUGGAGUUAGAAAGUGAACGAGAGCUGCCUACCAAGCACAGAGAGGGGAAGGAGGAGAGAGGGAGAGAGAGAGAGACAGAGGGAGAGAGAGAGACGGGUGGGCAGGCUGCUCGCUGUAAACGAUGGUUGUCGGAUAGAGUCUUGAAGAGCUAAUGAAACUGGCUGCUUGAAUUGUUUGCAGCGGUUAUAGAGCUCAGUUGUGCUCUGCAUCUCUCGGAUCCCAGGAAGGAAAAACUGCAGCAGCACGCAGAUAAAGAACAGUUUUUUUUUUAAAGAAGAGGACUUCUUCGUUUUUUUUUUUUCUCCCACUCUCAGUUUUUCCUCCAGUCAGCCUUUUUCACGUCAGCAGCAACUCUUUCCCUGCGGACGGGGACCGUUUCAUGCCCGGAGGAAGAGCGACCUCCCGCUUGGAUCCAGUGCUGGCCCCACACACUCCUCUGGCUGGCUCAGAAGUAGCAGUUCCCGGCUUUUGCUGGGAUGUUUGAGUCGCGUUGUUUGGUGGGGUGAAGGGACCGAGAGAGUGGCCGGAGAGACCGAGGGGACGGAGGCCGAGAGAGGAGCCGGGAGCAUGGCCCUGGUAGUGCUGUCUCUCUGGGUGCUAACGAGUCUCACCUCGGCGGACGUGGUCCAGGUGUCAGCCAACAGGCACUCCGUUUACUGGAACAGCUCCAACAUACAUCUGCGACGGGAGGGCUACACAAUGCAGGUGAACGUCAACGACUACCUGGACAUCUACUGCCCUCACUACAACGACAGCCAGCGCAUGGUGGGCACCGGCGAGCAGUACGUCCUCUACAUGGUCAGCCACCGCGGGUACAGGAACUGCGACCCGCAGCUGGGCUUCAAGAGGUGGGAGUGCAACCGGCCCCACGCCCCCCACGCGCCCAUCAAGUUCUCCGAGAAGUUCCAGCGCUACAGCGCCUUCUCGCUGGGCUACGAGUUCCACGUCGGACAGGAGUACUACUACAUCUCCACACCCACUCAUCAUCACGGCCGCAGCUGUCUGAGACUACGAGUGUACGUCUGCUGCGCCACAGCCUCUGACGUGGAUGAAGAGCCGGGGCCGUCAGAGCCAGACUACACGCUUAGACCAGGCCUAAAAAUGGACGAUAUUGAUGAAUUUAACCCUUUUGUUCCCAAGCUGGAGAAGAGUGUCAGCGGAAGCAGCCCAUCCAGGGAUCGCCUUCUCCUCACCGUGAUGAUGCUCUUUCUGGCCAGUCUUUUCAUCUCCUAGCAACGGCCAUCCCAUCAGCGUCACCAUGCCAACUAGCCUUGGGAGGGUGUACAGUAUCAGCGGAUGGGAGAGUUGAGGAGGGGGGAGUCAGGAGGAGAUAGAGGAGAAUUAAGAUACCACAAAUAGAGCAGAAGGCAAGAAGAGCAAGAAAUUAGAGUUUUCAAGCAUCACAGUGUGUGUGUGUGUGUGUGUGUGUGUGUGUGUGUGUGUGUGUGUGUGUGUCUGUGUGUGUGUGUCUGUGUGUGUGUGUGUGUCUGUGUGUGUGUGUGUGUGUGUGUGUCUGAACAGGCCAUAGUUUGAGUUUGUUGAAUCAUGCACACCACACAAAGCAUUUAUACACCAGGAGAGGCGAGGCUGAAAUCCUAGUAAAAAGAAGAAAAAGCAUCACAUCCACCCACCCAAUUGAAAAUCAUUUGAAGAAUUUCCCCUGGAUCUGAUUGGCUGAAACACUUCCUUAGCGGUAGUUGCCAUAGUUUCUUGCAACAAGAAUUAAACUGACCUCAAAUGAACUGAAUCAGAUAGAUUUCAUCACAACUGAACUGAAAUUGCCUUUUGUUUUUCUUGUUAUUGUUGGUGUUGUUGUUGUUGUUGUUGUUGUUGUUGUUGAUCUUGAUGUUGGGAACUUGUCCCAGUCCACCGAAGGGGGGGGGGGGGGUAAUGACCUACGCAGGUCCAGUCAAAGUAGCUGAUAGUUCAUGAACACACCCUGAAAUGCCGACAGGGUUGGAGUCUGCGGCGUCAUCCUGUGCUCACCAUCCGUCUCUGGUGAAGGCAGCUGGACUGGACGGGGUCAGAGCCUUUAACCCAUGACUCAUCCCCUGAAACUAAAGAAAGUGGCUUUACUGUGGAUGUGCCGUCGACACCGAAACUGCCAGUGUUAGUUGCUGUUAUAAGUUGCUGUGCUACUUUUCUGUCCUGCCUUUGAAGUACUCGGCGACUCCUCUGUCAUCUCUGAGGUUGAAGAAGCACACCGUGGCUACGGGGCAGCCAUGGAUACACUCAGCUAUACUGCCCUCCUCGCCACCCACUGCAGGCUGAUGGAGGAGAGCAAGAGGAGCAGGGAGGCGGGAUGGAGGAGGAAGAACAGUCCCUCACACAACAGGUCCAAUAAGACAUACGGACAAUAAGACGCUCUCCACGGAUCGAUGCUGGUGUAGCAUUCCACUCUCCGAUCUCAUCUCUGAAAACCCACCCGUCAGAUGUAAACGGUUUCUGUUACUGAACGAGUGCUUGUGUGUGAUUGACAGUGUGCCACAUGUGUGUGUGUGUGUGUGAGAGCGAGAGAGACUAUUGUAAGUGGUACUAACAGCCUGCAAAUACAUCCACAGACUGUAUAUCUCAUAAAUAUGAAAAUGCAAAAUCAAAAAAAAAAAUCAAAACACAAGUAAAAGCAACAAGUAAUACAUACAAACCAAGUGCUUUGGUGGGGAGGUACGGCAAUUCAAAACUAAAACAACUGUACCAGUUGGGUGCUUCAGAAUAACGUUUCCAUAGCAACUAGCACCUUAUUCACCAUGGUUACCCCACCCUGCCAAACGAUGGACUCUAGUAGAGCAUGGCUUACCGUAGUAGCUGAUAACAAUGAUGGAGGUGAAGAUGAUCAUAAUGACGACGAUGAUGAUGAAGAUGGACUGCGAGCUGGCCGACCAGGUCGCGCAGUGACUCACCCACCGGCGUGUGAGGCGUUCAAGUACUCGUGUAAAUGUCAUAACGAACAAAGAAUGGAAUAACCAAUGUAUUGAAAUUUGCCAAGGUGAAAUGUGAUGUAAGCAUUUUACGAACUCGAAACUCAGUUUUCCUUGUGUUUUUUUUAAAAUGUUUUUAUCAUUUUGUUGAGUUUACUGUGAUGUAUGUUUGGUUAUCUUGAGGGGGCUUAAAAGUUGGAAAAUUGGGUGUGUUGAGCCAUAUGUGAAUUUGGGCUGCACUCUGAGUCUCAUUGUUGUAGCUGUGGCUCUCAAUUCUUUUGGCUCGUCACCAAUUUAAAGGACACUUCCCCAAAUUAUACACGUGUUGUGAAAUGUCUCCUGUGGCUCUGGAGGGAACUUUUAAAAAAUGUGAGGGAAUAACCCUUAUGAUGUCACCUGGGUUGGUUUGGAUUGGAGUCGGCGUGCUUUUAGUGCACGUGAGCCCGAUGGCUCGCACAUGGCCGCUGCUCCGGAUUGAGCUCAUUGAGCACUUACAGCCGAUGACGAUGUAGUUUUGAGAGUAAAGUGGCUUUUUUUUUCCCCAAAAGGACUGUCAGUCAACAAAACUUGAAGGAACCGCUCUCGAGUAAACAACAAAAGCACACGGUGUCAGAUAUAACAUGUAAUAAAAGUGAUAGCUUUUGUCAAACAAAACAAGAGAUUAUACAGGUGAGAACAAACAGGGACGUGUGGUUUUGGAGCAUCAUUGAGAACGUGGCAUUAUGAUGCAGAGUGUGAACCAACCCAGGUGUAUAUAUGGCUCUUAGUGGGACGGCCAGGUAGGAAAGGUUUUGGGUCCUGGUGUGGACUGGGAUGGUUGAAGAGCUGUACCAGAGGGUACAUCACUCUUCAAGAAGUUGCACUUAAGAACUUAGACACAAGAGUAAGUGUGCUGUUGUGUGCCCGUCUGAAUGUGUGUGUGUGUGUGUGUGUGUGUGUGUCAGGGAGAGUAAAAGCUCAUUUCUGUUCAUCACUUCAUAACUGUGUGCAGGCGUGUUUAGAGUGAGAUGCAGUCUGUCUUGAUGUGUGUGGAUGAAUGAGUGAGCGACAGUCUUUCUGCUCUUCCCAUGUGCGUAUGAGUGAGAGAGUGUGACCGAUGUUUGUCUGGCAAAAUAAAGAAAAAAGCAUUUAAUAAUGUUGGAAACAACAAUUACAAUCAUGUUUACCUUCGACUGGAAUGACUUUAAAUGAACUUGAAAAUAAACUGUAAACUGAACAAACCAUAACAGAGGUAAUAACAAUGAUCAUGAUAACAAAAUAAUAAGCUUACAAAUCUUACUUUUAA